GCCUACUGUGGGAGCCAAGCCCAAAAUCAUCGGAAACGUUGCAGUGGAACCGUUGAUAAAAGAGGGCUUUGCAAAUCACCUUGCAAUGGUGAACAAGCAAACUAAUGCCAUGUUGGCAUGUGCUACAGCAAUGGAGAGAACCACCGACAAGCUGAACGACCUGAUGAAGGAGAGUAUGAAGAUGGUACAAAUGCUGUGCAACUUCACGGAUAAAGAGUUAGAGACAAAGAGAGAUCGAGCUAAAAAAUCUGAGCUGGAAGCCGAGAGGAAGAACGAGCAAGAUGACCCAAACAUCAAAGCAAACAGAGUCAACUCAGGGAGCCGAGGCAGAGAAUACAGGUGUCAUAGAUGUUCGGGACUUGGACACUGGGAACAACAGUGCCCUUGGAAAGAAAAGGGCAUGUGGGAUUGCUACAAGUGCAAGAAAAUGACGGACCACAAAGCCAGUGACCACGAGAAGUAUCCUGAUCGUUUCAGGAAAUGCGAAAGCAAACCAUAAGAGAUUUAGAGGAUCUGACAAAGGGAGGGAGUGCGAGAGAGGCUUUGUCAGAACGUGGAGCGGGGAGAGAUGGAGGGGAGUUGCGAGCGCUCUCGGGGCCUCGAGUACUCACUUGAGCUUGGACGCUUGCCCUUUAGGUAUUGCUUUACUUUUGUAUAAGAGAGUUACAGAGUAUAUUAAGAGUUGCUUUAUUUAAUU